AUGUCUGGCCUCCUCUCCUCUACAGCGACAUUGUUGGGAAGGACCAUCCUCUCCCCCCUGGCACCGCACUCUCUGUUCGCAGUCAACGUCGAAUACUACAAGCCGGCCACCUCUUCAUCAGUCACUUCCAGCACCCGCACAUCCUCGCCCAGCAUAGAAUCUCUUCUCGCCGCCACCGAAACACUCAAUCCAGCUAAGAAUCCCACUUUCAAGCCCACGCCCUGGCUCUCAACGGGGCACCUGCAAACCAUCUACUCUGCGGUCGGCAACUUCAGCACCAUCGAUGAGGUCGAGUUCAAACGGCGUGUGUUCCUCACUCCGGACGGUGGCACUGUCGGACUCGACAUUUCUCCGCCCAGCCUAGCAAGCAGCGAGGAGGAUCUCAAAGCACAGAACCACCCCGCCGCAGAUGGACUGCCCACCGUCGUCUGCCUGCACGGUUUGACGGGUGGAAGCCAUGAGAGCUACGUGCGCAACUGCUUUUCGCACCUCACCAAACCCACUGCCGAAGGAGGGCUUGGCUACCGCGGCAUAGUCGUCAACUUUCGUGGCUGCGCCAACGUCCCUGUCACCUCGCCGCAGCUGUACUCGGCGCUCAAGAUCGCCGAUAUCCGCUCUGCUCUGCUGCUCAUCACCAAGCUCUACCCGAACUCGCCCCUGGUGGGAAUCGGCUUCUCGCUCGGCGCCAAUGUGCUCGGGCGCUAUCUCGGCGAGGAAGGCGAUGCCACGCCUUUGCUCGGUGGUGUCAUCGUCGGCACACCCUUCGACCUGAAAGCCGGCGCAGACGAGCUCGACUACGGCGGCUUCCUCUCGCAAAAAUACUCGAUGGCCAUGGGACACAACCUGCAACGCAUGGCACGCAAGCACAAGGACACACUCGCCCUCCAUCCACCCUUCCGGGCUCUGCUCGACGACCUCUACGACGCCCCACCCCAACCCAAGGCCGAACUCGAGCUGUACAAGCAGCAGGCCAAGCACGGCGGCCCACGCCCCGGUGAACGCGCCAUCAUCAAACGCGGCUCGCUCAAAGCUGCGGACGAGACCAUGACGCGCUUCGUUGGCGGCCUGCCCAAACCGUACGGAGAGUUCCCGUUCGACAGUGCGGAUGACUACUACAACUAUGGCGGGUGUGCCAACAAUGUGGCCAACGUCAAGAGGCCAAUGCUGUGCCUGUCGGCCGAAGACGACCCGAUCGUGCCGAGCAAGAUCUGGGCCAAGAUCCGCGCUGCCAUUGGUCGCAACCCGGACGGCACGCCUGUGGGUCCAAGUUCGUCGGAGAAAGAGUACAACGAGAACGUCGUGCUGGCCUGGACAAAGGCCGGUGGGCAUCUGGGCUGGUUCGAAGGCUUACGGCCAAGACGCUGGCUGUACAGGCCCACCUCUGAAUUCAUCCGUGCCCUCUUCGAACAGACCUCAUCGGACGAAAAGGCACGCAUCAGAGCAAAGAGCAGAUGGGUUCAAGAGCAAGUCGUCGAAAAGCAAGUCGAAAUCGAGCUGAUCCCCAAAGAGGCACUACCCGUCUACACGCUCCCGGGCGAAGGCACGCGCUCCAGCCGCCGGACCGACACGGUCGACCCGGCCCCGGAAACGCCGCAAACCGCGCCCAGUGGAACAGACACACCCUCGCGCGUUGCCGACCUGCACCGUGACCUGCAGUCCCACACUCCUGGGGCCGAGGACAGUCUGCUCAAUCCCUCGGACACGGGCUUCUCCGCCAACGCCCCUCCCUCCCUCGCCAGCCCUGCACGCGUCAACGACAGCUCGCGCCACACGACACUCCGCAUGGGCUGGCUCCUCACCCCACUCCUCAAAGACGCCCCGCUCGUCCACCCGCGCCACGCCAUCUAUGCCCCCUACUCGGAACCGCCCUCUGCCGACAUCGACGUGCGCAGCAAGGCGGGUUGGGACAAGAUCGAGCGCAUCAUGUAUGUGGACAAGAGCCACCCGGAGGUGGGCUUCUGCGAGCUCGGCCCGGACACGCGUGUGGCGGGAGCGGGCGAAACGUUCAGAGGCGGCAUCGAUACUCCUGGUGACAGCACGGAACCGCAAACGCGAGGCGACAAGAAGAAGGGCGUUAUUGCUGGACUGUAG